AUGCGGCCCGGUAGCGGCCCAGAACAACCUAACACGCCCCGCACUGCGCCCGGCAAUAACUGGAGGGAAUCCAUUUGGCAUUCGUUUCAGUUCGUCGUGUUCCUGGCUUCGUUGGCUGUCGCUAGCGCCGGAUAUCUGGAGGCUGGCCAUGCCGUCCAAUACGCCGCGCCGGUGGCGCACUACUCUCCGGCUUCGUCGGUGAGUUACAGCUCCCUGACGCAUGCCGCUCCGGUCGCCAAGACCGUCGCAUAUGCUGCCCCUCAGGUCUAUGCUGCCCCGGUGGCCAAGACCUACUACUCCGCCCCGGCUGUGGGUGCCACUCACGAGAGCACGGUCCGUUCGCACGAUGCCACCGUCUCGCACUACUCCAAGUCGGUUGACACUCCGUACUCGAGCGUCCACAAGUCGGACACGCGCAUCACCAACGAGCUGCCGAAGCUGGCCUACGCCCAGCCCGUCCUCGCCAAGCAGGUCGCUUAUGCUGCCCCGGCUGUCCACAGCUAUGCCCAUGCUGCUCCGGCUGUCCACGCUUAUGCUGCCCCGGCCGUGCACACGACCUAUGCUGCGCCAGCUGUCCACACCAGCUAUGCUCAUGCUGCUCCGGCCAUCCACACAAGCUAUGCUGCCCCGGCCAUCCACACCACUUAUGCUGCCCCAGCCGUCCAUAGCUACGCUCAUGCUGCUCCAGUUGUUGCCGCACACGCCACCAAGACGCUGACCUACUCGCCAGCCGUCCAGGUUGCGCACGCCACCUACGAGGACGCCCAUGCCCACUACGCCUGGUAA